GACCCAACACCAAAAUGCUAAAUGUGCGCAGUGUCCUGGUGACGGGAUCCAACCGAGGCAUUGGCUUGGAGCUGGUCCGGCAGCUGGUGGGAAAACGUAACGCGCCAGAAUGGGUCUUUGCCACCUGCCGGGACCCAGAGGGACCACGGGCCCAGGACUUGAAGAACUUGGCUGAGAAAUAUCGGAGUGUCAAAAUCCUCCCAAUGGAUAUUAGCGAUCCAUCCAACGUCAAGGCUGCUGCUGCCACAGUCACAGAUCACUUGCAAGGAGCUGGGCUGAAUCUGCUCAUCAACAAUGCUGGGAUUGCAAAGCCAAGCACUUUGGAAUCAGAGACAGCAGAGGACAUGUCCGAGGUCUACAAAAGCAAUGUGAUAGGGCCCAUGAUGGUGAGCCAGGCAUUCCUGCCCUUGCUGAGGAAGGCAUCUCAGGAGAGCCCCCAGAAAGGGAUGAGUUGUAGCAAAGCUGCCAUUGUCAACAUGUCUAGUGAAGCUGGCUCCAUCACCAACCUCCUCGUAUGGGACCUUGGACACGUCAUCAGUUACCGCUGCAGCAAGGCUGCUCUCAACAUGCUCACACGGUGCCAGUCCCUGGGAUGGGCAAAAGAUGAGAUCCUGAGCAUCGCAUUGCACCCCGGAGUUGUAAAGACAGAAAUGGUACCUUUAGAGUUACCGGGCCAGUCUACAGUGGAUGAGAGCGUGCAGGGAAUCCUGAACACGCUCGGCUCUCUCUGCGAGAAAGACAGUGGCAAUUUUGUGAACUGGGAGGGGGCAAUCCUCCCUUGGUGA